CCUGCUCGCGGACUCACAUGUCCUGUAAUCAUCGUGUUAGAGUUUUCGUACAAAUUGGCAUGUUUUAUCUUACCUAAWUAAUAGUUUAUUUAAUAGAUAGAGAUAUACUGUAGUUUAGUAUGCCUUCUAUGCCAAAGAGUGCUUUUGGAGUGGGAAUCCUUCGUCCUCGUCGUUUCCCUGCAGCUCGAAGAGGAGGGAAAAGACAACCUGUUCCCAAAGUAGCAGAAUGGAAGAUAGUUCGUGGAGACACUGUAAUGAUUUUAGCUGGCAAGGACAAGGGGAAAACUGGAGAAGUGUCUGAUGUCAUUCGAAGUAAAAAUCACAUCUAUGUUAAAGGAAUGAACACACAUCAAAGAUAUUUCAGACCAUAUGAUGAUUUUCCUGGUGGACAUUACCCAAGUGAAGCACCUCUACAACUGAACCAAGUAGCAUUGAUYGAUCCUUCAGACAACAAAGCAACAGAUGUGACUUACCGCUACACAGAAAAAGGGGAGAAAGUAAGAGUAUCGACGAGAAGUGGUCAUUUUAUACCCAAACCAAYGUGGGAAAGACGAGACUGGAAAGUCAGAUCUGCCGUCAAAGAUGGUAACAAUGACACACUAGCUUCAGCAGCAAGCCGGCGAACAUACAUGCCAUCAUUAUUUCACUUCCAUGAAGAAAUCAUGCAGAUGUUGAACAUAAAACCAAGUGUUCUCAAAACAGAACCAAACCCAAGAGAUCUCAUGAUGAAGGAAAUCGAAAAGGCAUGCCACUGGAAUGUGRACAAGAAAGACAUUGAGAAGAGUCAACUGGGGCUGUAUGACAGGGCUGUCUUAUUUAUGAUGGGUUUUGGUGAUAAAAUAAAAAGGCCAUUCAGAAGAUAGCACCCUCUAGAUUUAUAAACCAUGCCGUAGCC